UGCUCUCAUUCUUGCAGAGGCUCCUGCUCUGUUUGUCUUGCCCUCGCCGGACUUUUGCAGAAAGAGUUGGUGGUUUUGGUAAUCUCCUCUCUGGUUUUCUGUUAAUCUCGGUCUUAGCGCAGAGAUUUAGUGUUUGGAGAGGUCGAUGUUCUGAGAUAAUGACCCAGUUAAAUAUCAGCAGAUUCGUGGGUUAGAGAGCAGUGACGUCGCCUUCUGUGGUGGUGAGAUGACUUAAAAUAGGUUUUUUUUUUUAUAUAUAUAAUAAUAAAAUUGUUGUUUUGAUAUUAUCUUUGAUGGUGUUGUUGAUAGCGCCGAGAGUAUCAGAUGCUUUAUGUUGCUUCUUUAUGUUGCUUCUGUGUGAGGGUUUGAUACCAAAAGCGGGCCCUUUCACUCUUUUGCUUCCUUAAUCCAAUACAAUCUUCUUUCUCUCUAUCUCUUUGCACUUAUCCGUACACAGAAGCAGAAAAAAACUUAAACCCUUCUCUCUCUCUCCACUAUCUCUUUCACAAAAAUAUCUGAUACCAACAGAAAGGGAAAAAAAAUCAGUUAUUUGAGUAAAAAAAAUGAAGGGGAAGCAAGUUCAAGUUCAUCAUCAUCAAGAUCUGCAUGCAGGAGAUCUUCAUCAUCACCACAUGAAAGAUGUAAAUAUUCCAAUCUCAGAUGGGUUUGGUGGUGGUGGUGGUGCCAUGGAGGAACUGGAAGAUCAGGAGGAUAAUUUGGGUGUGGACCCAAGUGAGAUGUGGCUUGAUGACAAUGACCAAGAAACUGCUCUCCUUGCUGAUGUCAAUGACCCUUCCAUCUUCUACAAUGACCACUUCCCUCCUCUCCCUGACUUCCCAUGCAUGUCAUCUUCUUCCUCCUCAUCUUCAACCCCUGCACCGGUCAAGUCGGCCACUUCAUCGUCCACCUCGUCUUCGGUCUCCUCGUCCUCCUCCGCGGCCUCCUGGGCCAUCUUGAGAUCGGACGCGGAGGAAGAUGGGGAGAGAAGGAACCACCAUAACAGUUACAACCACCUCCACCAGUACUCACAGGGUGAUGAUCAGGCGGUUGAUGCGCAUGCCUUGUCCUCCACCGCCUCGAUGGAGAUCUCUCAGCCGUCGGAUCUCAGCAGGGAAGGCGGAGCCAUGGAUUGCAUGGGUGCGAUGGAGACUUUUGGGUACAUGGAUCUGUUCGAGUCCAAUGAGUUUUUUGACCCCUCCUCCAUUUUCCAAAGUGACAGCCUUUUAAUGGAGCAGUUUCAACAAGAUGAUGACCACCAGCAAUUACUAGCGCCCCACCAAUUACAAGACCCUAAUGAAGCCACUGCAAUUAUUCCUCAACAACAACAACAAGAAAAGGAAGUUGCAGUUCGUGAUGAGGAGAAUAACAAGAAGGAUGAUCAGAAUGAGAACAAGGAGCCGGACGACAUGGCCAUGGUGUUCUUGGAGUGGCUGAGGUCAAACAGAGAGACGGUCUCCGCUGAAGACUUGAGAAGUGUGAAGAUCAAGAAGUCGACAAUCGAGUGCGCGGCCAGGCGGUUGGGGGGAGGUAAAGAGGCCAUGAAGCAGUUGCUUAAACUUGUGCUUGAGUGGGUUCAGACCAACCAUCUCCAAAAGAGGCGCAGUAAUAGUAUUACCACCAAAGACGCCGAUAUUGUUGCCCAAGACCCUUUUCAAAACCCUAACCCUAACACAAGCCCUAGAGUUCUUGAAUCAAACCCUGCUUGUAGUUUCACCCAAACUCCUUGGAUGGCACCGCCGCCACAUGCAGCCUAUGAUCAGGCCGGGGGAAUCCUUGUCCCCACUCCGCCUCCGGCAGCUUACCCUUCCAUGAUGGGGUACAUAGCGCCUGACCAGUAUGUUAACGGGCCAGGUCCAUACCAACCAUCACCGGAAUAUCAUCACAUGAUUGACUCUGGCCAACCUACCUGGCCGUCGUCUCCGUUCGGCAUGGGAACGGCCCAUUACGGGUCGUUCCCGGACAAUAACAUUCACCUAGCCCCUCCUCCACAGCAUCAUCCCCAGGCUUUUGCCGGGUAUGGAAGUCAAUACCAGCCUUACCAAUAUUUUCCAUUGAAUGGUGAGCAUCAAUUGAUGAGGUUAGGGUCUUCAGCUACGAAAGAGGCGAGGAAGAAGAGGAUGGCGAGGCAGAGACGGCUUGUGUCACACCAUAGGCAUGGACAUCAGCAGCAGCAGCAGCACCUUAAUGCUCAAAUGCCGGAUCAUCUCCUUCAUCAGCAGCACACAAGGCUUGUUGGGAACGCAGCCGAUCUGAAUUGCACUAAUUCUGUGCCACUACAAGCCAAUCCGGGCAACUGGUUUUACUGGCCCACUGCUACUGCGGCCCCGUCCCCAUCCCCGGCCAUGAUGCCUAGCAUUACACAAGAGGCUGCACCGCCUCCUCCGGUGCAGCAGAUGGAUCGGCCGGCUAGUACUCAAGCACAGAAUUACAAUCAGGGGCGUAGUAGUGCUGCACAGGAGAGGCGCCAGGGAUGGAAAUCUGAGAAGAAUUUGAAGUUUCUUCUGCAGAAGGUGUUGAAGCAGAGCGAUGUGGGUAGUCUUGGAAGGAUUGUGUUACCAAAAAAGGAAGCAGAAACCCAUCUUCCAGAACUGGAGGCAAGAGAUGGGAUUUCCAUCCCAAUGGAAGACAUUGGGACUUCUCACGUGUGGAACAUGCGCUACAGGUACUGGCCCAACAAUAAAAGCAGGAUGUAUCUCCUAGAAAACACAGGAGAUUUUGUGAGAGCCAAUGGACUCCAAGAAGGGGACUUCAUAGUCAUCUACUCAGACGUGAAAUGUAACAAAUAUAUGAUACGAGGAGUGAAGGUACGGCACGCCGGGCCAAAAUCAGAGGGCAACAAAAGGCCGGGAAAAUCGCAAAGGAACCAGCAUGCAAGCACUCCAGCUGGCACUAAUGGUUCGUCACCUUCCUCAGCCUCAGCCUCAGCCACACACAAGAAACAGUAAAGUGAGAGACAAGCAAGCAAGCAAGCAAACGAAAUCUAAACAGAAGGCCACAUCUUCCUACUUUGUUUUUCUCUCUUUUUUCUCUCUCUUCCAUGCUCGAAAAUGGAUGGACAGGUCACAGAUGGACGGUAAAGA